GAAAUUCAUCGCGAUUCGAUCAUGGACUUGAGGUCGUCGAGAGCGUGAACAUGGAAGUCAUUCUUCGUUCUCUUUUCUGCCGUGUGUCCGUAUUGCGAUAGAAGUCCUUCGUCCACCUCGGCGUGGUGCUGGAGUCCACCAUGUUUAUUCUUACAACCAUUUCAGAUCUGAUUCAGAUCGCCCCCGAGGACUUCUCGAAAUAUAGUUCGGUGGCCAUCGAAGAUAACAUCAACGAGAAAUACGCCAACAAGGUGAUUCAAAAGAUUGGCCUCUGCAUUGGCUUCUAUGAUUUGCUAGAAUCGUCUGAUGGACUGAUCGGCCAUGGUACUGGCCUGGUUAAUGUCAAUGUCAAAUUUCGCCUGAUUGUGUUCCGGCCGUUUAAAGGCGAGAUCAUGCUGGGGAAGAUCGCCAGUGCUACGGAGUUUGGGAUCAAAAUUGGUGUCGAGUUUUUCAACGAUAUCCUUGUGCCCCCGAAUCUUCUCUUAGACGGGGCAAGAUUUGACUACGCGGAUCAAGUCUGGAUUUGGGAGAACGAAGACGGUUCGACCUUUUACUUUGAUGUGGGAGAAGUUGUUCGAUUCCGCGUCGAGACGGAAGAAUGGCAUGACCAGAUUCCCAAUGCGCCAGAUCUCGGCGACAGCACCGCGAACGAGCGAAAACCACCGUACUCGAUUAUUGGCUCGAUGCAAAUGGCCGGAUUGGGGCCCAUUUCAUGGUGGUAAAUCAGAGAGUCUUUCGGACUUUCAGACUUCAUGCAAGGACCGAGAGUGCGAGAGGGGUCCUUGGCAGGCAUAUGCACUCCUCUUUUUCUUUUUUUCUUUUUUUUUUUUUUCCCUCUCUCUCUCUCUCUCUAUUGUGAUCGUCCGGGUAACGAUGGACAGCGUCCAGAUGUAACUACCUAGCUAGACAUGGAUAGUGUCGGCAUGGAGGAGGAAAGGGCGUAUACUCCGCAGGCCGUAUAGACCCCGACGGAUGAUAACUAUAGAUUGCUAUGGCGACACUGAAUAAUCAGAAAGAUUGGUCAGAACGCCGACGGAUGACGACAUCCAACGCCAUUUCCCCGGAAUGCAGGGGCUCUUCUCCUCUGGUCUGUAAAGAUUGCGAUUUGCGAUC